AUGGUCCGCGUCUUCAUCCCCUGUGUUACCUUUUUCGUUUUGUUUCCCUUUAACAAGCUUCGUGGAGAGAAAAUUAUCUCCAACUGUUGCAUCAGGAAUAAUUGCCUUGUUCACAUUUUCAUCUCUAAGAGGGACGUCAACUUCUUCAACCUUCUCCUCAACAGACUUUACCUUUUUCUUUAUAGGGGUCAUUUAGUAGAUGUUUUCCAAACUCAGCUCCAUCAAUUUUUUUCUUGGAAAAGCAGGAACAAGAGAUUUGCAUCAAAUAACGCGCGUUUUCCCGGAAACUUCCGCUUGGUAACCACUCGUUACGCUUCCUUUUCUAAAGGUUUAUUUGAUUGGUCAAAGGAAUUACCACGACCAAUAUAAUAAUAAUAAACAUGUUUGUUGUAGAGCCCCCUGAAAACAAUUGUCGCGAUUCUUUGCUUCAAUAUGGCGAAGAGUGGGGUCUUUUUGCUAUCUAUCGUGUUGUGUUUUACGCCAGUUCGAAGGGCAUUCAUCAUCGAAAGUUGCGUCGGGACUGCUGUGUUUGGAUCUUUAGCUUAUGUGGCUCCAAAAGUUUGGUGUCGGUUUAAAGAAUGUUGCACAGAUAGAUGGAUCUCGGCGAACAUCACCGGUCUGCAAUCAGCUUUACGACGGGGCGUGUUUGGACAGCAUUUAGUCACCGAAACAGUGCUUAAGGCAAUAGUUAGACAUCUGAAUAAUAAAUCACCGAACAAAGCCUUGGCACUCUCUUUUAACGGCUGGACCGGAUCUGGGAAAAACUUUGUUAGCAAGAUCAUUGCAGAGCAUAUUUUUAGGGAGGGGAUGGAAAGUAAAUUUGUCCAUCAAAUCAUUGCCACACAUGAUUUCCCACACAAGUCGGAAUUGGACCGUUAUAAACGAUAUCUGCGUAGUUUGGUUUCUAGUUCAGUGUCACAGUGCUCAAGGUCGCUGUUCAUUUUUGACGAAAUGGAUAAAAUGCCGAUCGGUCUCAUAGAUGUACUAAAGCCCUACUUAGACCUCUACCCUGAUGUUGGCAAAGUUGACUUCCGAGGAAGUAUUUUUAUAUUUUUGAGCAAUACGGGAGGACAUCUGAUCAAUGACGCAGUCCUCCGACACUGGAAAGAGGGAAAGAAGAGAGAAGACAUUGGUAUUAAAGAGAUGGACAAGGUUGUUAACCUUGGCGAGUUUAAUACUAAAGGUGGUUUCUGGCAUUCAUCGCUCAUAGAGAAAAAUCUUAUACAUUAUUUUAUCCCAUUUUUACCUUUGGAGAGAUCUCACAUUAAAAUGUGCGCUAAAGUAGACUUGGAAAAGAAAGGACAUCCAGUUACUGAACAAGUCCUCAACAGCAUUGCAGAUGAGCUAUUAUACUUCCCAGAAGACUUAAAGGUCUUUUCACAGUCUGGUUGUAAGAAAAUAUCAAGCAAAGUUGACUAUAUCAUGAAUUAG